AUGGAUGCGACGUCGCACAUCGCGGACCUGGAGAAAGGCUCCAGGACGACCACCCACAGUCGAGACCACGACGACCAUGACUCCCAGUCAGACUCCUACUCCCUGUCGACCAGCUCCUCCAACUCGUCGCAGUCGCAAUUCCAGGAAAUCGACUUCAUGUCGCGCACGCAGACCGCGCAGACGCAGCCGGGGACCGGCCUGGAGCGACACCCAACCGCGCUGAGUCGCAUCGCGACGCAACGAAGCCAACACAGCGCCACCGUCGGCGCGCUGAAGUCGCGGCCCUCCAGACGCCCGCUGCCGGAGUUCGGCGCAGGGAAACCAUACCCGCCGCCGCUCCCCGAGAAAGAAGAAUACGUCGUUGAAUUCGCAGGGCCAGACGAUCCCCUACACCCGCAGAACUGGCCGACCAAGAAGAAAAUCGCCAUGUCAAUGCUCCUAGCGUGGACGACGUUCAACUCGACCUUCACGAGCAGCAUCUACUCGACCGCCAACGCGGCCGUCUCGACGCAAUACAACGUCUCGACCGAAGUCGGCACGCUGGGCCUGUCGCUGUACGUGCUCGGCUUCGCCUGCGGGCCGACGCUGUUCUCGCCGCUGUCCGAGCUGCUCGGCCGACGCCUGCCCAUCCUCAUCGGCGUGUUCGGCUUCACCGUCUUCCAGUUCGCCGUCGCCACGGCCGAGAACCUGCAGACCAUCAUCAUCUGCCGCUUCUUCGGCGGCUUCUUCGGCGCCUGCCCCAUCGCCGUCGUCGCCGCCGUCUUCUCCGACAUGUACGACAACGCCCACCGCGGCCUCGCCAUCACCAUCUUCACCAUGACCGUCUUCACCGGCCCGCUCUUCGCCCCCUUCAUCGGCGGCUUCAUCGUCGACAGCCCCGCUCUCGGCUGGCGCUGGACCGCCUACCUCCCCGGCCUCACCGGCGCCUCCGCCUUCGUCCUCGACCUCCUCUUCGUCCGCGAGACCUACCCCCCGGUCAUCCUCGUCGAGAAGGCCGCCGACCUGCGCCGCCGCACCAGGAACUGGGGCAUCCACGCCAAGCAGGAGGAGAUCGAGGUCGACUUCGCCGAGCUCGUCCGCAAGAACUUCGGCCGCCCGCUCCGCAUGCUCGUCGCUGAGCCCAUCCUCCUCCUCCUCAGCCUCUACAUGGCCUUCCUGUACGGCCUGCUCUACCUCUUCAUGACCGCCUACCCGAUCGUCUUCCACCGCAUCCACCGCUUCUCCAACGGCGUCGCCGGCCUCGCCUACUUCGGCCUCAUCGUCGGCGAGCUCCUCGCCGGCUUGUUCAUCCUCGCCCUCCACCCGGCCUAUAACCGCAAACUGGCCGCAAAUCACGGCGUGCCCGUCCCCGAGUGGCGUCUUCCGCCCGCCAUCCUCGGCGGCGUCGCCUUUGCCGCCGGCCUCUUCUGGUUCGGCUGGUCCGGCUACUCGUCCGAUAUCCAUUGGGCUGUGCCCGCCGUCUCCGGGCUGCUGACCGGCUUCGGGCUGCUGUGCAUCUUCCUCCAGUGUCUUAACUACAUUGUCGACGCAUAUCUUCUCUUUGCAGCGUCGGCCCUCGCGGCGAAUAGUAUCUUGCGAUCCACAGCGGGUGCUGGGUUCCCCCUGUUUGCGACGUACAUGUUCGAUGCGUUAGGAGUCAACUGGACGGGCACAUUGCUGGGCUGUGUUGCUGCCGUCCUAGCGCCGAUCCCUCUGCUCUUCUACUUGUAUGGGGCGAAGAUCCGCGAAAAAAGCAAGUUCGCCAACGAGUUCGUUGCGACAGCCCAAGCUCAUGACAAUGAGCAUAUGGAGUGA